GGGCCUCUAAGUAAUCCAGAAGAGAUUCCUCCCCAGUAUCAGGUAAGCUGGACCGUAGGAGGAUCAGUCUUGCUGCACGUGAACGUGUCCUCAGAAGAAACCGUAGACAAAAUUGAAUGGGAUUUCAAGCUUAAAACUGGUUUGGAACUCUGGUUUGCUGAAUCCAGGGGUAGAAAGCUGGAGAGGCCUCACCCAAGAGACAGAUUUGGGCAGCGGCUAGAAAUGGUCAAUGAGACCACACUGAGGAUCAAAGAUCUGCAGAUGGAGGACAGUGGAGCAUACAGGGCUCGCGUGAGCUUUGCCACACAACACUUUCAAGAUCAAACAUUCCUCCUCACUGUAUACGGUAAGUGGUUGUUUUCUCACUUGUGUUUGUUGCUUAACCGAGCCUGGAAAAGGACCCAGCCCUUCCCAUCCCCUGCUGUCUUUUUACUGGGCUGUUACUGACACCUGUCAGUGGCACCGAUAGCACAAACUUUCCCUACAUUUCCCCACAGAGCCGGUCCCAGAGCCGAAGAUUCUCCCCCAAAAUGUGUCCAAUACUCCAUAUGGCUGCAAUGUGACCUUGCAAUGUCAGGUGUCCGGAACGGGAGAAUUUAACAUCUCCUGGAGAAGAGGGAACCCCGUCAGGGACAUAGAAGUUGGAUCGGACUGGCUCCAGCUCUCUAACAAUGGCAAGGACCUCCACUUGUCCUGGUGGCUCAACUCCUCAGAGCCCAAUUUCACCUGCCUGGUCACCAGUCCAGACGAUCAGAAGAACAUCUCCUUCAGUGUGCUCAAUAUUUGCCAGACUAGGGGUGAGUUGGCUGCAAACUUGUGGGUGAAUUGGAGGGGUUACUGUUGUUGUUUUUUAAUGUAUUUUUCUUAAAGAUUUUCUUAGUUUACAAAAGUAUGUGCAAUCUCUCUCUCUCUCUCUCUCUCUCUCUCUCUCUCUCUCUCCCCUCCAAGUAACAUUUUUUACAGAUCAGUUUCAUUUGCUGAGACAUUAAGAAGAAGAAGGGGAAAGGGGGGAGAGAUAAUAAUAAUAAUAAUAAUAAUAAUAAUAAUAAUAAUAAUAAUUUAUACUCCGCCCUCCCCAGCCAAGGCUGGGCUCACCUGGGUGGGGUCAGGUGGCAAUGUUUCUAUUAUACUUAAUAUAUGUGGGGUUUUGUGUCAGCGUCCCUGGUGCAGGUUUUGUGCUAUUUGCUUGUGUUCCUUUGGUGGUAAGGAGGUUGGAGUUGGCCUGGGGUGUGGCUGUUCAUUUGUGGUUGGCUGUGGUGGUCUUUGUUUUCAUGUGUGAGUGGGGUGGGUAGGUGUUUUGGAUCAGGUUAGCCAUACAGUGGUACCUCUCAUUAUGUACUUAAUUUGUUCCGGAGGUCUGUUCUUAACCUGAAACUGUUCUUAACCUGAAGCACCACUUUAGCUAAUGGGGCCUCCCGCUGCCGCCGCGCGAUUUCUCUUCUCAUCCUGAAGCAAAGUUCUUAACCCAAGGUAUUAUUUCUGGGUUAGCGGAGUCUGUAACCUGAAGCGUCUGUAACCUGAACUGUAUGUAACCCGAGGUACCACUGUAUUGAUUUGUGUGCUGUUGGUGGAUUUUUGUCAUUGUCUUGUUGGGCUGUGUAUGUGAUAAAGGGGUCUGCUUUGGUUUAAAUAUUUACAAUGGUACCUCAGUUUAUAAGCUUAAUCUGUUCUGGAAGACCGUUCUUAAACCAAAACUGUUCUUAAACUGAGCCAUGCUUUCCCUAAUGAGGCCUCCCGCUGCCGGUGCCCUUCACCUUUCGGAUUCGGUUCUGAGACCGAGGUAAAGUUUUCAGACCAAGACACAAUUUCCGGGUUUGUGGACUUUGUAAACCAAAUCGUUCUUAAACCGGACUGUUCUUAAACCGGGGUACCACUGUGCUUGUGUUUAGGUUUGCCAUCUGCCAUGUAUUAUACAGGAGUUCCGUAUUUCAAUAUAAAAUGCUACGUCCUGUAUUGAUACAGUUUUAUCCUGUAUUCUAGGUCCUCUCUCUCUCUGCUGAGUUAGGGAUCCUCUCCAAAUGCACGUGUUUGAAAGGAUGUGUGAAAGGUCAUGAAUUGGUCAUGUAUUCAUACUCUGGGUAGCCAAGCACAGACAGAUUUACGAAUGCGUGUGUACGUGUGUGAUAAAUUCCAGAGGAGCCACGCUGUUAGGCUGCAAUAGAUGGUAAUGGAUUGCUCUGAAGUCAUUUCAGCACCAGAUGAAAAGAAAAAUCGCCCCCCAACUGCCCUGCCCCUCCACACCCCAUUCUGUAUUUUCCCAGAACAACGCUGGCAACACUGCUUGUGUUUCAUCUUGUGUUUUAUUCUGCGAACUGUCCUGAGAUAUAAUAAUAACAAUAAUAAUUUAUUAUUUAUACCCCGCCCAUCUGGCUGAGUUUCCCCAGCCACUCUGGGUGGCUCCCAAUCGAGUGUUAAAAACAAUAUUAAAAACUUCCCUAAACAGAGCUGCCUUCAGAUGUCUUUUAAAGAUAAGAUAUCUCUUGAUGAAGGGCAGUAUAUAAUUUUAAUAAAUAAAAUAAUAAAUAAACAAACAAGUCUUUAACUCAAAUAUGUUUUUAAAAGAAGAAAACUGGGCCAGGGAAGUAAAAUAUUUAUUGGGGUUCACCGUCUGCAAAUUGUGGAGAGGCAUAGCAAAAUCUUCUUUUAAUGCAGAUCUUCCCCCCUGGAUUUUCUCUGAGCGGAGUCUCACAUUCUGAAAUGACAGCCCAGUGCCUGAACAUUCACAGGUCUGGGAACUUUGCAAACCAACCAGAGCUCUGCUAUCGAAGGUUGCAAGAUGUCAGAGCACAUUUGGGUCUCUCAGAAGCCAUCUGGAGCACACAUUCUCCAUUUCAGGACCAUGAAGGAAGGGUGCUCAGCCCCAAUGUUUACCACUGGGGCAGCCAGGGAAGGCCCACAACAUUAGCCUGACCCAGCAGGGCUCUUUUAUGUUCUUACGUUCAUAGCUUUUGGGGGGAGGUAUUCAGAGGCUCUCAUCAGGAGUAGGACAUCCCCAGAUAUUUUCUGAUGGCUCUCUCCUUCAAUGUCUUCUCUUUCCCUACAGGAGAAAACAUCCCUAUGUCUUGGGUAAGCCUGAGAGUUACCUUCAUUCUUCUAGGACUCUUGGUGCAGAUCACAAUUCUCACCCUGGUGUACAUAUUUGGAAGAAAAGAAUAGCACUGAAUCUGCUGAUGUCCUUUGAGGGAGACCCAUGUGAAUCCCACAAUAUUCCCUUUUCAAAAUCUAUUUGUCUGACAUCUUUGAUUUGCACUUGUUAGUCCCUUCCUGCAGCCUUCAAAAUUCUGAUGAGAGAACUCUUCUCAUUUCUAAAGGUAUAUUUUGGGAAUAUAUUGUUUGGGAAGGAGGUGGAAUAAACAAAUUGUGAUGGUUUUUCUGCCUUCUGGAGAGCCCAUCUCAUCAGGAGGUCUCUAUGGUCCUUUCAGGACUUGUUGAUGAACUUUUUAGUGAGCCUUUUGAGGGGGGAUAUUUUUAUACCCACCUGACUUUGAAAUUGAUUUUAUAUCUGUUUUUAUUGUUGAUGUUUCAUGGGAAGUGAUGCAUGAAUGAAACAAAUCAAUAAAAUAAAGCAGGGUGAUCUUCUUCACUAAACCAGGGAAGCUAAGAGUUGUGCUCCAACAACAGGAGGACAACAUUAACAAUGCAUUUUAUUUGGGAAAAUUGCUUGCAAAAAUGUCAAUAUUUAAGAAAAUUGCAUGUCAAGUCAUUUUAUUACCAGUUUCAAAACAAAUAACACCACUUACAAAAUUCAAAAGCUCAGAACAAAGUAAAAAACAACAACUGUAAAACCACAUACAGUGGUACCUCGGGUUACAUACGCUUCAGGUUACAGACUCCGCUAACCCAGAAAUAGUGCUUCAGGUUAAGAACUUUGCUUCAGGAUGAGAACAGAAAUUGUGCAGCAGCAGCGUGGCAGCAGCAGGAGGCCCCAUUAGCUAAAGUGGUGCUUCAGGUUAAGAACAGUUUCAGGUUAAGAACAGACCUCUGGAACAAAUUAAGUAAUUAACCUGAGGUACCACUGUAUACAUGCAAAAAAACGGUAAAUUAGGAAAAAUGCACUCUAAAAUGCUAGUGAAUUGUCACGAAGUCUUAAAAAUAUCCACAAACUGAUUUGGAAAUGUGGUUAAUUGUAUUAAAUAUACAUGAGCAACAGAUAUAACUUAGGGGUGUGGAAACCCAGACCACCCCAAAUUGGUUCAGAUCCUGAUUUGGAUCUGUCCCUGAUUUGCUUUGGAUCAAUUUGCACCCAAUUCAACUCAAUUCCAGUGCAUUCAUUUGCACCGGGAAACCAAAACAGCCACACACACACACCCUUGCGUCGCUGGACGUAGGUGCAUGAAAUUUGAAGACCUUGUAUCCCCUCAAGAGGUGGUUAACCCCGUCAAAUUUCAAAUAGGGUUUGUGCAAGCCAACUUUAAAGUUUGCAAAAAGAAAGAAAGAAAGAAAGAAAGAAAGAAAGAAAGAAAGGUUUUAGUGCUCAUUCAUGUCAGUCCACAUGCUCCUGUUUCGCCUGUUCCAUUAAGUUUUUUAAAUUAAACUUUAUACUUUAUACACUCUGUGUGAUGCUUCGGACUGUGUACACUGUGUACAAUGUACUCAAAAGACUCUCCGUCUCUUACACACACACAUCCACACACAACAAACUAUUAGUAAAGACACAGGAAACAGUUUUAAAUAAAAUGCAGACCUAAUCUAAAAAAGAAAACCUUUAAAAAAAUUAUUUUUAUUAGGAAUUUCAACAUAACAAUUUAUCAAAAAUACAUCAUCCUCAUUUCCUCCCCCCCAUUUCCCCCCUCCCCCCAUAAAAGAAAAAUCC